UCGUAAAGAAUGAUACUCCGUACAUAAAAGUCAGGUAACAUACAGGUUAUGAGCAACAAAGUAAUGUUAUUUUAUCAUAUACGGGUUUAAAAAGUUACACAAGCUCACGUUGCAGCUUACUGGUAUAGCUAACCAACUUAAGAAGCUACCCCAACAUCAAUUACACGGUUAGGUUAGCUUUUGCGAAGCUAACGUUAGAAACGUCACACUAUGGAUGUUUUACGUCCACCUCUCAUAAAUAUAGAUGGAAGGAUAUACAGGAGGAAUAUCACUAAAGAAGAACAUUAUGAAGAAGAAGAAGAUUUCUCUUACUCGGGACCACCAGAGAGUGAAGACCUUGCAGAAGAUGAAUCCUGUGAUACCCAUUUCAUUGAGCAGACUGAUAAAGGAUACAGAUGUGCCAUCGACGUCCCAAGUGUGCUUUACAAGUACAUAAUUGGGAAGAAAGGAGAGACACGCAGGCGCUUGGAGUUUGACACAAAGACAUCAAUCAGCAUCCCUAAGCAAGGAGUGGAAGGACAGAUUAUUAUUACAGGUUCCCAGAAAGCUGCAGUCUCGUCUGCAGUCACAAGAGUUGAAGUCCUUGUGGAGAGUUUCAGGAAAAAGCAGCCAUUCACACACUUCUUAUCAUUCCCUCUGAAUGACCAGAAAGUUCAGGAAGGAUUCCUGACAUUUAAGGAGGAGGUUUUGAAGCAGUGUUCACAGGAUUAUGGAGUAGAUGAAAGCAUCUUUCAAAACCCUGCAAAGCUUCACCUGACGGUCGGCACCCUGGCUCUCUUAAAUGACAUGGAAGUGAGGAAAGCCUCUGAACAUCUCCAAGAAUGUCAGCACUUCAUCAGGGACAUCACAGAAGGGAAACCUCUGCCAUUGGAGGUGACAGGAAUAGAGUACAUGAAUGAUGAUCCAGCUAUGGUAGACGUCCUGUAUGCCAAAGUUAAUGUGAAAGACGGAUCUGACAAGUUGCAAGUGAUUGCAGACAGGCUGGUGGAACAUUUUGUCUCAGCCGGGCUGAUGGUCAGAGAGUGGGACAGAGUGAAGCUUCAUGGCACAGUGAUGAACACUCUGUUCAGGAAGGACUCCACAGGUGAAGACACAGGUGGAACAGGAAGGCAAACCAUGAAUGAAAGGGAGGCUUUCGAUGCCAGAAAUAUACUGAAGAUAUUUGGAGCUUAUCACUUUGGAGGCUUUGAGUUAAAAACCAUCCUGCUGUCUCAGAGAUAUUCCACUGACUGCACCGGCUACUACUCGUCUUCAGGGAGCGUCAACCUCUCAUGAGCUUCAUCGUUGCUGAUACUCUGAGGUGCUCUUUAUGAAGAACCUGGUCAUCACUGGACGUGGCUUUACAUGAAAAGUGUUUGUCUUACCGAUGAAGAAACUUCAGUACUGAACUGGGAAACAGACGAACAUAAAUGGACUCGCAUCAGAAUUUUCUGGCAUCUUCACCAAAUCUUUUGUUGAAAUCAGUUGGAAAAUUAACAUCUGAUGAGAUUUUGUUUUCUCGGCAUGCUUACAGGAGUUUGUGUAUUCUAACAUCCUGUUAAAAUCUACCAGGAAAAAAAUGAAUUCAUUUGUAAAGAGUCCAACCUUGGCCUGUUGUGAUUAAUUGCUGUUUGUCAGAAAUUCCUGAAGCAAUCCUUAUAGACUAUACGCAGCAUGAAUAUGAGAAUCUAAUAAGCUAUAAAUAAGAAAAUAAACUUUUUGUACGACACAAAAUCGAUGAGAUACAUUUAUGCACUGCAAAUAUUUACAGAUUAGCAGCCCUUCAGAUCUUCCUCCUCUCAGUGUUGUCGGAUGUUAUUUAAAUGAAGCUUUCCUCCCCUCUCUCCUCUUUUAUGUAAACUGAGUAUGCUUGGCGAAGUGGAUAGAUAAUUUUUUAUCAACAUCUGCCUUUAGAGGAACAGGGAGGGGGCAGAUGACAUCAGUUAAUCUCUUUACAAUUAAAUGCGCUCUUCCACAGCGUGAAUCUGAGGUGUUGAACAGGUUGUGUAGAGCUGCUUUAGAAUAUAAGAGUUUGUGCGUUGUGUUUUUCAUGACUGUGUAUUUUAAAGUCAGAUCUACUUAAACAUUAAUCAUAAGGCAAUCAUCAGAGGAGUGUUGUGCCCUGAGGCCAUAUAUACACGCUCAAAAUGGAAAUGAAAAAUAAACCUUGAAUCUACUAGAGCAUUAAAGCUAAGUUGGUCAAAAACAAACAGCAAGAAAACAACCAAAUUUUACUUUUCUAUCAUAGAAAAAGAAUGAGAAUAAAAUUGUUCUGUAAUUUACAGUAUGAACUGUAAGUGUGACCUUAUAAUUUUUUAUAUUAUACACAACUCCUUUUCCAAAAUGUUGGGUCGCUGUGUAAAAUGUGAAAAUAAAAACCA